UUCCACCAACAUACAAGAUUAGUGUAGGUAAUUCUAGCUUAGGAAGGUAGUGGAAUUAUCUAGAUAUCUCUAGCAUAAUGUUUUCAUGCUUCUCCAAGGUUCCAUCCAUGCCUAUAAAAGGAGAAGACAUCCACACCUUUUGUAACAACCAAGAGAGCAAGUAGCAAGAAGUGAGAGUGUCAAGUAAGAAGUAAGAAGAAGCAACAAAACUUCUAAGAGUGUUUGAGUGUUUCCUCUUGUACUAAGUUUGUGAGUGAAUAAAAACCUUGUGUAAUACUUUGAGAAUUCUUUCUUUCUCUUGCCUAUCAAUUCCGCUGCGUUACAUUUUUCUUUGUGAGAUAAACAUCUCCAAAGUAGUGAAGCAUUUUUAAACCCCAACAAAGUGGUACCAGAGCUAUGGCUAGCAAUGCUAUGGCAGCCUUCCAAGUUCCAGUGCUCGACAGCAACAACUUCGAUAAUUGGAGUAUCAAAAUGAAGGCCCUUUUGGGUGCACAUGAUGUCUGGGAAGUCGUGGAGAAAGGCUACACUGAGCCAGAAGAUGAAGCUACUCUGUCUCAACCCCAGAAGGAGAGUUUGAAAGAUUCAAGAAAGAGAGACAAGAAGGCUCUCUAUCUCAUCUACCAAGCAUUAGAUGACAAUGGCUUUGAGAAGGUCUCGAGUGCAACCUCUGCCAAGCAAGCAUGGGAGAAGCUUCAAACCUCUUACAAAGGAGCCGAACAAGUGAAAAAGGUUCGUCUUCAAGUAUUAAGAGGUGAGUUUGAAUCUCUACAAAUGAAAGGGUCUGAAUCAAUCUCUGAUUAUUUCUCAAGAGUCUUAGCUGUUUCCAAUCAAUUAAAAAGAAACGGAGAAAAGUUAGAAGAUGUUAGAAUUAUGGAGAAGAUACUACGCUCGUUGGACCCCAAGUUCGAGCACAUUGUCGUGACGAUUGAAGAAACUAAAAACUUGGAAGAAAUUAGUAUAGAGCAAUUAAUGGGUUCGCUACAAGCAUAUGAAGAGAAACAUAAGAAGAGGCAAGGGAAUGAUGAGCAGCUCCUUAAGACGCAUGUUCAGCCAAAGAAGAAAGAAGAAAGCUUUGACAACGAGAGAAGCCGAUACGGAAGAAGUCGUGGUCGAGGUCGCAGACGUGGACAUGGGCGUGGAUGUGGUUAGAACUUAAACAACCAUAGCAACUACGAAAGAGGAGAAAGCUCAACAAAAGGUCGCGGAAGAGGACGCUCAAACUCAAGGUAUGAAAAAUCUCAAGUUCAAUGCUAUAAUUGUCAAAAGUUUGGGCAUUAUGCUUGGGAAUGUAGAGCUCCA